AUGAAUCAAGGUCUUUGGCCAGCAUCUUCAGUCAACUCCAUGCCGAGGAGAAGCAACUUCCAAUUCACAUACGAUUCGGAUCAUUAUUUGCUCCAUCUUAUAUACCAGAACUGCCAGGAGAUAUUCACCAGAGGAAACAAGAUUAAAACAUGGGAAAAAGUCUUGACAUGCUUCAACAACAAGUUCAAUGCGAACAUUGUCCAAAGUCGAACCAUUAACCAGAGAUUUCAGACUUUGAGGAAGAACUUUGAAAACCGGUUGCGGCAUGAGGGUCACCCGGCUCAUUUUAAUGAAAAUGAAGCUUGCUUGAUGAAGAUCACCGACUUCAUGUUCCAAACUAAUUGUAUUCAAGAGCACCCUUUUCAAGAAUAUGGCGGCUGGGCAAGCGGCGGCGAAGACGAAGAAGUGACAACAACAGCCCCGGCAACAGCGGCUGUAACCGUAGCUUCGUCGUCACCGGUGGACUUGUCACCGGUGGACUUGAAACUUGACAAUGUAACGUCUCAGAAUAUUCUGCCUGCUAGCGACCCAUAUGCCGCUUCUCGAACACAAACACAAACAGGCCGUGAUGUAUUUUCCAACCCGAUUCCAACUGUCCCCGGCGUCAGCAACUCGUUUCAAAAUGGUUCCUUGUCGGUGGACGAUACGCGCACGAGGACAGAGUCGUCAGUGAGCAGCCUAUAUGACGACGAAUUGAUUGCAUCAGCCAUCAACCCAAGCAACUUUGGCGACUCCACCUUGAGCGCAAUCCACGAUGCACCAAAGCUCGACACAAGAAACAUCGACACCAAGACUCGCGACUUUGGCAACUUGCUCAGCGCAGACGAGCAAUUUGCCUCUGACGGCAGCAGAGUCCCAAGGGCAAAAGGAUGGGAUUCAGCACCAGUAUUCGGCACAUCUACAAUCUCGCCUCAACCGCAGCCUUUGCCUCAGUAUCAGCAUCAGCUGGAGCCUAUCAUUAAAACAAGCAAGAAGCGUCAUCUACGAGAAGAUACGCGAGAGGUGUUUUCAGAACAGAUCGCGGCACUUGAAAGACAAUUCAGCGCCGAGUUUAGUGCGGUGCGUGCGGAUCUUGACCAGUUUAAAAGGGAAUCUAAUCAGCGCAUGGAUAAGAUUUUACAGUUACUCGAGACAAUAGCUACGUCGAGAGCAUAG